AUGUGGCCUGGCAAGGCGGAGGACCACGUACAGGCGCUGCGGCCUACCAAGGGGGAGGAGGACGAAGGAGAAGAUGAGGAAGAAAGAUGUCCUGCGUGUACCACUACGCAAGGCGACAAACGUGUGUGGGUCGCAUGCUCGCAUUGCGGGACAUGGUUCCAUGUCGUGUGCGUGCAUGUGGACCGCGUCGACCUGUACGAGACCUGGUACUGUGCACCGUGCCUCUCUGAUCCUGCAUUGCAUCUUGAAAUCAAGAUGCGGGCACCGCCGCGCAGAUCAGGACGUAUGCGGCCCACAACAGACUAUGCUGCGAUUGAAGAGGGGAAGCCUAUUGAUCCUCUCGGUCGUUGGGCGCGUUUGCUAGCGAUGUAUGACACGAUGCUAGACACGGUACGUCGUGUGGAUGGCGCGACAUGGACGUCCGAUUGGCUGGCCUGGUCGCCGGAUGCGCUGGAGGCGCCUGUACUGGUACCUGCUGACGCGGGGGCGAUCCCUGGCAUGCGUGUACCGCCACGCUGUACGACGAUCCGCGACGUCGCCGAGAAGGUCGGCGUGACUACCAACGUCGAGGUGAUUGACGUGCAGACACAAAUGUCGUCCAAUGCAUGGACGUUGGACGAGUGGGCUACCUACAUGGAGACGCCUGCGGCGGAACGUGAACGACUGCUGAAUGUCAUUAGCUUGGAAGUGACAGGCACGCCGUUUGAGACGUAUGUCCAAGCGCCGCAGAUGGUGCGUGAGAGCGACUGGGUCGAACGCGACUGGCCAUGUACACGUCGGCCUCUUGCCACGGAUGCAUCCAAGUGGCCCAAAGUCCAGCGGUACGUGCUGAUGGGCGUCCAGGGCGCGUUUACCGAUUUCCACAUUGACUUUGCGGCGAGCUACGUAUACUAUCAUGUGGUAUGGGGCGAAAAGGUGUUCCUGUUCGCACCGCCUACGCCGGCCAACUUGGCCGCGUACAAAGCAUGGUCUUCGUCCGCACGGCAGGCCAGUGAAUGGCUAGGGUAUGCCCUGCACGAUAUGAUGCGCGUCACGAUUCGAGCUGGCGAGACGAUGUUCAUUCCGGCUGGGUGGAUUCACUGUGUCCAUACACCGCAAGACACACUGGUCGUCGGUGGGAAUUUCCUGGCGGACUACCAUGUCGCGAUGCACUGGCGGUUGGAAGAGAUGGAGAAGGCGACCCAUGUACCCCGCAAAUUCCGGUUCCCGCAUCUCGUGCGGUUGGCUUGGCCCCUGACAUGGUGCUGGCGCCCCGCGUCCGUGAAGGCAUUGCGCAGCUGUGCAAGCGUUUGGACGUAG